AUGAGGCGAGUGCGGGGCGCGGCGGCACUGAGGCGAGGGGUCCCGUCACCGCUGGCAGCCGCUGCCGGUGGGCCUGGCCCGGCCCUUCUCCCGGUCAUUCUACUGAAAGGAGAGGAACGGGAGAGCCGCGGCGCCUUCCUCUACCCCGCCACAAUACGGGCGAACCGAUGUAAAUUUAUAAUAACUGAUAACGGGCCGGCAGGGGGGCGCGGGGGGCACCGGCGGACGCAGCGGGACACGGCCAUGCGGGCGGCUCGGAGCCGGGGGGCGGGAAGCCGUCCCAAGUGCGGAACAUCGCCCAGAGGGUGCCCGGCCCCCGCCGUGCCCUUCCCGCCCCCCGCAGGCUGCGGCACCUCCGCUGGAGCCCGUCAGAUUCCCGCGCUGUCAGUGACGUCGUGGCUCUGCCUCUGGCGACGAAUGACUUCCGAAAAAUGCAAUCGCUCCCUGCCUGAGACCCUGCCAGGCCUGGCGAGGGCAGCGCGGCGGGAUGCCACCCGGUAUGCCCCUCCUCCUGGGCAGCCCUGGAGCAGCAGAGCCGCGGCACGUUUCCGCGACACCAGCCGAGUGGCCCCGCCCCGGGGCGGGGAAGAGAGGGAAGGGGUGGUAGUGGGGGAGGCCCUUUGGUGGCCCGGAACCUUGCUGGCGCGCUGCCGUUUCCUGCCGGAGCAGCGCGGCGCGCACGCGGCGCCGGUCGCUAUGGCAGCGGAGCCGUGGGCCUGGGGGCCGGCGGCGCUGGCGCUGCUGCUGGCGCUGCUGCUCGGAGGCUCGCGCUGCCUGCGGCGCCGUUACGCGUCGGACGGGGUUCGCGCCUCUCUGGGCGGAAGGGCAGUGGCGGCGGCCGCGCGGGCGGGUGGCGGCCGCGCCUUGCUGGUGACGGCGCACCCUGAUGACGAAGCGAUGUUCUUCGCCCCCACGGUGCUUGGCUUGCGCAGGGCUGGCGUUCCCGCGGCUCUGCUGUGCUGCUCCUCAGGAAAUUACUACAAUCAAGGCGAGGUUCGUAAGAAGGAACUGGAGCAGAGUUGUUCUGUUCUGGGGAUUCCUGCUUCUGCUGUCACAGUCAUCGACCACCGGGAGCUUCCAGAUGAUCCUGCUGUUGAAUGGGACACGCAGCUCCUCGCCACCUUUGUGCUGAAGCAUAUAGAAGCCAAUAACAUCAACCUGGUGGUAACCUUUGAUGCAGGAGGAGUGAGCGGUCAUGCUAACCACGUUUCUCUUUACACUGCUUUAAGGUACCUGCACUCCGAGAGGAAGUUACCUGAAGGGUGCCACGUGUUUGUGCUUCAAUCGGUAAAUCUCUUCCGGAAGUACCUCUCCAUCCUGGAUGUGCCCAUUUCCUACCUCCUGCCUGGAGAUGCCCUCUUCAUACUCACAGAGGAGGAGACAGAACAAGCCAAGAGAGCCAUGUGGUGUCAUGGCAGCCAGCUCCUCUGGUUCCGCCACAUCUAUCUGCUUUUCUCACGUUACAUGGUCAUCAAUUCACUCCAACUUCUGUGAAAGAGAUGCCACUCACAACUUCAAGAGUAAAAGAACAAGCAGAAAAAGACUGCCAUGCCCAGGACUAAAGAAAACACACCUGCUAUGUGUUUAAGAGGACAGGAUUCUCUUGGUGUGCCAUUCUUUCAGACCACAAAACCCAGGCUGCAUGAACUUCCUUCCGAGUAUCUUGCUGCCUGAUGCAAUGAGAUGAGCAGGGAGCUGUUCUGUUGUCUCAACAGGGUAAGAAAUCUAAAUAAACCUGACAAGGAGGCAAAUGCAGGAAUAUUCUGCAUUAGAGAAUGCCACAAACUGGUUUUCCCCAGGAGGAUACAGCUGUGAGGAGUGCUUGGCAACUAUCUCUUGGUGCUUUUGUAAGAUCCAGGUAUCAGGAAUAACUUUUCAAAGAUCAUGCUCUCUCCUCAGAUAAAACCAGAACCACAAGACCUGUCUUAGUCAGAACUUUAAAAAGCCAAAGCUUAUGAAUAAAACAUCACACAAAUUUCUCUGACUGCACAGAUCUUUGCUGCUGCUUCUUUCAUGCAUGUCAUGUUGCAGGCUCCACCUUUGUAGAGCAUCCCUUAUGAAACAUGAGCAUUUCUUCCUGCUUCAGAAUGUGGGGCUCCAGAUCAACUCACAAGUGCCUCCACAGAACAUAAGAAUGAGCUGCAAGAGACCCAGACUGUCACUAGAUCUUUUAUAGAACACGUGGAGAUAAAAAUUGC